UGGCAAAAUUUUGGCCAUUGAGGACGAUUGGACCAACCAUACCAUCCAUGUACCUGAAUAAGGGUCAUGAAGAAGACAAGGAAUAUGGUCUCAGCCUCCUAAAGCCAAACAGUGAUGCCUGCAUGAAAUGGUUAAAUGCAAAGCCAAAAGGGUCUGUAGCAUAUAUGUGUCGUUCGGCAGUGUGGCAAAACUCGGAGAAGAGAAAGUGGAGGAACUUUGUUUGGGUUUGAGGAGAAGCAAAUGCUAUUUCUUGUGGGUGGUGAGAGCAUCAGAAUCAGCUAAGCUGCCAAAAGGGUUUGCAGAGGAGACAUCUGAAAAGGGUUUGGUGGUUUCAUGGUGCCCUCAAUUGGAAGUGUUGGCACAUGAGGCUGUAGGAUGCUUCGUCACACAUUGUGGUUGGAACUCUACUUUGGAGGCCUUGAGUUUAGGAGUUCCAAUGGUGGCAGUGCCACAGUGGGUUGACCAGAGCACCAAUGCCAAGUUCAUCAUGGAUGUGUGGAAAAUAGGGCUUAAAGCUCAAGCUGAUGAGAAAGGGAUAGUGAGAGGAGAAGAAAUUGCACAUUGUGUGACAGAAAUAUUGGAGGGGGAGAGAGGGAAGGAGAUUCGAAAGAACGUUUUGAAGUGGAAAGCAUUGGCGAGUUCAUUGCAAAACUGGUUCAGAACUAGCUAGGCAAAGCUCGGUGUAUUUCUGAAAAAAAAUUCCUUGUACAAGUCCUCUUGUGGAAAAUGUUAUUAGGGACUGAUUAAUAAUUUCCAUGACUAAUAAUUUUUAAAAGUCA